AUGCAGCUGGGCGAGCCGCUGCUGGCCGCCGCGGGGGCCCUGCCGGGCGCCCCCUUCUACCCGCUGGAGGGCGGCGGGCGCAGCGGCGGGGCCCGCGGGCCGCCGCGCUCGGGCUCGCCGCCGCGCCUCGACCUCGACAAGGCGCCCAAGAAGUUCCCGGCCGCGGCCGCCGGCCCGGCCAUGCUGGGGGAGGCCGAGGCGGGCGAGCCGCCCUUCGCCGCCCCCAAGCCCGACGGCCGCAAGCCCGCGCCGUGCGGCGAGGAGGAGCUGCCGCCCGCCGCCGCCCGCUACUCCAUGGACAGCCUCAGCCCCGAGCGCUACUACCUGCAGUCGCCGGGGCCGCCGGGGGCCGACCUGGGGGGGCCCUGCUCGCUCUUCCCCUACCCGGCGGCGGCGCAGCACGGCGCCGUGUACCAGCCGCCCGCCGGGGCGCGCUACCCCUACGGCUCGGUGCUGUCGCCGGGCGGCUUCGCCGGCGCCGUCUGCCCGCCCGGCGCCCGGGCGCAGUUUGGCGGCGGCGGCGGCGGCUACCAGUACGGGCAGGCGGCGGGCGGCGGCCCCCUCUACGGCCCCUACCCGGCGGCGGCGGCCGGCUCCUGCGGCGGGCUGGGGGCGCUGGGCGUGCCGGCGGCGGGGCCGGGGCUGCGGGCGCAGGUCUUCCUCUGCAACCGGCCCCUCUGGCUCAAGUUUCACCGGCACCAGACGGAGAUGAUCAUCACCAAGCAGGGCCGGCGCAUGUUCCCUUUCCUGAGUUUCAACAUCACCGGCCUGAACCCCACGGCGCACUACAACGUGUUCGUGGAGGUGGUGCUGGCAGACCCCAAUCAUUGGCGCUUCCAGGGGGGCAAGUGGGUGACCUGCGGCAAAGCCGACAACAACAUGCAAGGCAACAAGGUUUACGUUCACCCCGAAUCGCCCAACACCGGGGCUCACUGGAUGAGGCAGGAGAUCUCAUUCGGGAAGCUGAAGCUGACGAACAACAAAGGUGCCAACAACAACAACGCGCAGAUGAUAGUAUUGCAGUCUCUCCACAAAUACCAACCUCGGCUUCAUAUUGUAGAAGUGACUGAAGAUGGUGUUGAAGAUCUGAAUGAUUCUUCAAAGACUCAAACAUUUAUUUUUCCUGAAACGCAAUUCAUAGCAGUUACAGCAUAUCAAAACACUGAUAUUACCCAGCUCAAAAUUGACCAUAAUCCUUUUGCGAAAGGCUUCAGAGACAACUAUGACUCCAUGUACACAGCUUCAGAAAAUGACAGAUUAACUCCAUCUCCCACGGAUUCUCCUAGAUCCCACCAGAUUGUCCCUGGCGCCCGAUACAGCGUGCAACCCUUCUUCCAAGAACAGUUUGUCAACAACCUGCCCCCUGCCAGGUUUUACAAUGGCGAGAGAACGGUACCUCAGACAAAUGGCUUGCUUUCUCCGCAGCAGAACGAAGAGGUAGCCAGCCCUCCUCAGCGGUGGUUCGUUACUCCUGUACAGCAGCCCAGUGCCAACAAGUUGGACAUGAACUCUUACGAGACGGAGUAUUCUCCUAGCACCUUGCUCCCAUACAGCAUUAAAUCCCUUCCCCUUCAGACAUCCCAUGCUCUGGGAUAUUACCCUGAUCCAACAUUUCCAUCCAUGGCAGGCUGGGGGAGCAGAGGUUCCUACCAGAGAAAAAUGACAACGGGAUUACCUUGGACCUCCCGAACAAGUCCUCCAGGUUUUUCUGAAGACCAGCUUUCCAAGGAGAAGGUCAAAGAAGAAAUUGGCUCAUCCUGGAUAGAGACUCCACCCUCCAUAAAGUCUCUAGAUUCAAAUGAUUCUGGGGUCUACACAGGUGCUUGUAAGAGAAGACGACUCUCCCCUAGCACUUCAAGCAAUGAAAAUUCCCCAACUAUGAAAUGUGAGGACAUUAAUACUGAGGACUAUAGCAAAGACACUUCAAAAGGCAUGGGCUACUAUGCAUUCUAUACUAGUUCUUAAAGCAUUCUUUUAUUCCAAUUGGCUAAUUUUUUUCAGGGUGGCCUUGGUUUUUUUUGCAUUACAAUUGCCAAAAAGACUCUUGCCUUCCACCUUGAAUUGUUGUGUGCAAUUCUAAAGAAGGUGCCAAAGCUUUUGACUGUUGCAGGUAACCAAGUAGGGAGAGAACAAAUAACAGAAGUCUUAACUUUAGAAGGAACCACACAUGGAAGCUAGAGCCUAGACUUUUACAGUGUGGCUUAUUUACUGGAGACACUAAAGUGUACAGUUUGACUUGGCUCAGAGGCCUGAUGAAAUCUAUGCACUCCUGAGCAGGAAAGAGGGAGUUUGGAUCCCCAGUUCCCCUUUCUUCCUCGCCUGCCCUUUUGAUGAAAGGGGGCUGGUUUGGGGGGGGACUGCACAAAUGCUACAUCCUGCUUUAGACUGAGCUGCAGCACAGUUGGCCAAGUUGGAUGUUGCUCAGCUAGGGUUUUCCUUGGCAAAGAUGGUCAAAAUAAGGCCUGCAUGCCAGGCGGGAUUUGACUUGAAGCUCUUGUUGCUAUUGAUGGGGUUACAGUGACCAAAUUUGACUUUACUUAGUCUAGGACUUGCAUAAGAAAAAACAUGCUUCCAUUCCAAAAGCCUAACCUUUGUUGAGGUGGCAAAAAAUCAAAGUGUACAGUUGUGUUUUGUCUAGGUACACUGUAGAAUAUUGUGGAAUAAUGUAUAAAUAGUCUACCUAUAGCAGUUCAGUUGGAAGGACCUCCUGUGGUGCUUGGAAGUUCUUAAGGCAUUUUUUUCUGAUUAAUCAAACUUAGCAUACAGAGCGUUGCAAAUGCAUUGCUAAAAAUCAUUUACAGAUUUCUAUUUACGUGUAGGUAAAGUGACUUUUUCAGCUGCCCUGUACAAAAUUGAAAGUGAUGUAACUUACCUACUUCUCUUGCCUAUCUCUAGUUUCAGCCAUUUUAAACUGAUCAACCCUCAAGCGCUGGCACACAAACUUCUCCCGGUGAAGCUUGGUUUUGUUUUUUUCCUAUGUACAUAGUAGUAAUUUUUAAUAAAUGUGGUGGUGCCAGGGCUAA